UUCAAGAAGUACAUGCUGGAGCUGUCAUCGCAGUCGUCGAUCCACGAGCUUAUGGAGUUUCUGCACUCGUUCGUGGGCUGGUGUGGAGACCACUGUCAGGCGGUCUCGCCAAUGAAUCAGAAGCGAGGUGCUAGCAAGCAGGCGGACGGCGGCCACCAGUUCGGCUACGCCACCAACUUCGGCGCCGUCAAGGGAACGUCCAGCAUUCGGGGCGUGGAGGGACAGAUGAUCGGGCUCAUCUUCGGCGAGUACAUGCGACGACUGGUUGCCAUGGCUAAGGAGCUCAAGCUGCCAGAAAACCUGGCGUUGUAUCACGACGUGCGCCAGUUCAUCGUGUACGUGCGCGACAACCACGGCUGCAUCUUCCGUCGGGUCUUGCUGGCCGCGUUUCUGGACUCUACGGAUCGACGUAACGUGCAGAACACCAUCAUCACGACCAAAGUAGUGCGGCGCAUCCACACUAUGACGGAGCCUGGAUCUCGGGACUCCCCCACCAACUUCUAUCCCAUGGAUGACCUGCCUACGCAGGAGAGGGCGCACAAGAAGUCAAUUUUCAAGAAGAAGAGCACUGUGGCGUCGCUCUCCUCCGUGAUAAAGAAGGCGCCCAGUGUGCAGAGCAUGCUGGACGUGGACGGGGACGAGACGCCGCCCGGCCCCAGCCCCUCCUCCACUAUCCGACGCAAGCACCGGUACUCGGCGCGAGCCGACGAGCCGCCCGGUCGGCGCGUCUCACGCUUCGCGUCGUUGUUCCGCCGGGAGGGCUCCAGCCGGGAGGGCUCCGAGGAGGGAGCCGAGGAUGGCGAAGGUUCGGAGCGGGGCAGCCGGCGGCCCUCCGUCUACCGCGUCAUGCGCUACAACAGAGCAGGCAACGUCAGCCUGAGCCUCUACCGAGCCCGGAAGAGGAUGGAGGACCACCUGAGCAGGAUCGGCCUGGGCAGGAGCCGCCGCAGAGAGGGCGCCACUGAGGACAUCCCAGAUCGCAGUCGGCACAACUCGUGGGACUUCGACGGCUAUCCUCAGAGCCUGGAGUACAUGAUCGUCAAGGAGUGCCGUCUGGUGAACACUUCAGCCGUCAGGGGCGGCAUGAAGAUCCUGAACCUGCUGAUGGAGGCGGCGGCACCGGGCACCGUUCCUGACGCCCCUCUGGUGGCCACCGCCUUCACCCUGCCCGGCGUUCCGGUGGCGACACGAGCCUGCUUUUACCUGGAGUGCGCCCACUUUGUGCACCGCUGCAACAAGGGCAUGUGGCCGGGAUGGAUGAAGCUGAACCUGCCGCUGUUUCGGAGCUCGGGCCCGUUGCACAACAAGCCCAUCACCGGUGCCAAGCGCACUCAUAUCCUACAGAGGGCUGCCGGCAAACUGUUCUACCAGUGGGCCGAGGCGCUAGGUGCUCGUCUGGAGGCCACCCUGAGCGAGGCGAAGGCGAGCGAGGCGGGCGGCGACGCCAGGCGACAGGGCGAAUCAUUCUGUCACGCUCUGGAUGAUGUCAGGAAGCGGCAGCUCAGACUGGACGACGACGAAGAGGACUUCCUGGACGAGG